AUGUCGUGCUCGUCGUCGUCGGGGUCGUCGGAGGAGGAUGAGGGGAUCGAUUCGUACAGGAAAGGGGGGUACCAUGCGGUGAGAGUGGGCGAUGCCUUCGCUGGUGGACGGUACAUCGCUCAGAGGAAGCUCGGUUGGGGACAGUUCUCCACCGUCUGGCUCGCUUACGAUACUAGAUCAUCUAUAUACGUUGCUCUUAAGAUCCAAAAAAGUGGACCUCAAUUUGCUCAAGCUGCUCUCCAUGAGAUUGAAUUCCUAUCUGCUAUUGCCAAGGGUGACACCUCAAAUUGUAGGUGUGUUGUACAAUUAGUUGAUCACUUUAAGCACGCUGGCCCAAAUGGACAACAUUGGUGCAUGGUUCUUGAAUUUCUUGGUGAUAGCUUACUCCGGUUGAUCAGAUAUAACCGUUAUAAGGGCCUUGCAUUGAAUAAAGUUAGGGAAAUUUGUAAAUGCAUUUUGACUGGUCUGGAUUAUCUGCAUAGAGAACUUGGUAUUAUGCACACAGACUUAAAACCUGAAAAUAUUCUUUUAUGUUCUGCCAUUGAUCCUGCCAAAGACCCAAUUAGGUCAGGGAUGACUCCCAUUCUUGAAAGGCCCGAAGGCAAUCCAAAUGGUGGAGUAACCAUAAAUAUCAUUGAGAAGAAGUUAAAGCAGAGAGCAAGGAGAGCAGUGGCUAGGAUAUCAGAAAGGCGAGCUUCAAUGGGAGGGGUAGGAGCACAUCCAAAGCCUGACAGGUGCCUUGAUGGGAUUGAUGUGCGGUGCAAGGUUGUGGAUUUUGGAAAUGCAUGUUGGGCUGAUAAGCAGUUUGCAGAAGAAAUUCAAACAAGACAGUAUAGAGCCCCUGAAGUAAUACUGCAGUCUGGAUACUCUUUCUCUGUUGACAUGUGGUCCUUUGCUUGUACUGCCCUUGAGCUUGCUACUGGCGAGAUGCUGUUCACCCCAAAGGGUGGACAAGGUUUCAGCGAAGAUGAGGAUCACCUUGCUUUAAUGAUGGAACUCCUUGGAAAGAUACCUAGGAAGAUAGCCAUAGGCGGGGCUCGAUCCAAGGACUACUUUGACAGACACGGUGAUCUGAAGAGGAUCCGGAGGCUGAAAUACUGGACACUUGAUCGAUUACUGGUAGAUAAGUACAAAUUUUCUGACUCUGAUGCUCGUGAAUUUGCAGAGUUUCUCUGUCCCAUUCUUGAUUUUGUGCCAGAGAAACGACCAACUGCUCAGCAGUGUCUGCAACACCCAUGGCUCAACACCAAGAACAUAAACCAAAAGGAGUCAAAGAGUGAAUCUAGUGCUGAGAAAGUGGAUGUUGGGAUGAGCAACCUUAAGAUUAAGGAUGAACCUUGGCAUCGGCAGCUUCAUCUGUCAAAUAAGAUGGAAGAAAUUUCUUACCCAUUGAUGGAAAGAUUAGCGAUUAGAUCUGGAAUGGUUGAUAGAAGAAAAACAGAAGACCUAAUCUUGGAGAGCCUCGAGAGCGUCGUGGAGUUGGACCCUCUUCUACAUUCUUACCUGGUAAAUCACUUACUACAAACUUAAGUGGACUGAUUAUAUAUAUGUAGAUUCUCCAUGAUUAACCGAUUUGACCUGAGCUGCUUUGGAUGUUUUCUAAGAAUUUUUAGGAGAAUUUUUUUUAUUACACGAGCAGUAAUUGAAACUCAAAACUCUUCCUGAAUAUUUCAGAUUUAUGUUAUUAAUUUUUUCCCUCUUUU